AUGCUCGAGCUUGGCGAGCACCCUCGAAUAUGCAUGUUAUACGGAUUCAAGCUCGGCCAUAGUGCUAAUGGUGCCUAUAAGAAUCUGAUUCGAGCAUAUGGUAAAGGCUCAAUUGCUCGAAGUACGGUAGCAAGGUGGUUCGCGAAAUUUCGUUGUGGAAACGAAUGUCUUGAGAAUGCGUCGACUAUUGGCUUAUCUACAGCCAUCGACGAUGAUGAACUUGAAGAGGUGAUAAGGGAAAAUCCAAAAAUCACUCAUACUGAGCUGUCGAAGCUGUUUGGUGUUGGCAAAACUACGGUAUUCAACCAUCUAAAGAAAAGGAAGGAGCAAAGACAGUAUUCAUCGGACACAAAAAGCGCGAGGAGAAGACCAGCUGUGGGGCGAGUGAAACUGGCUGCAUCGGAAUAUGUGCAAAUUCCAUUUAUGCUAGCCGCUGUUGGAGGUGGUAGGAUAGAAGCAGCAGUGGCUGGUGAUGAAGAAAACAUCAUCUGCAUAAGAGCCACUGAAGAAUCUUCGGGCAAUGAACGGACGGAAGAUUGUUCCUUCCAUUUACUCAAGAUCAUUAAUACAAAGUUUAAAGAAGAGUAG